CCGGCAGAAUGGUAAUGACAGACCUGUUAAAGGCUGAGGACAUCAAGAAAGGUCUUGAUGCCUUCGCAGCAGUAACCUUUGAACCCAAGAAGUUCUUUGAAACGGUGGGAAUGAAGGCCAUGUCAGCUGAGAACGUCAAGAAGGUCUUCCAGGUUCUGGAUGUGGACGGUAGCGGUUUUAUAGAGGAGGAGGAGCUCAAGUUUGUACUGAAAGGGUUUUCCAAAGAAGGCAGGGAUCUGACUGAUGCAGAGACAAAAGCAUUCCUCCAAGCUGCUGACAAAGACGGUGAUGGCAAGAUCGGCAUUGACGAGUUUGAGGCCUUGGUGCACGAGUAGGGGGCAUCUGAACCCCCUUCUUCUUCCUCCUCCUCAUGGACCCCACAUUCAUAUUUUGUAACUUCCACCUUCAAGCUCUUCUGUUCUCCCU